GGGAGCCUUCCCGGCCUAGGAGCCUGGAGGUUGCCAACUUGGCUUACCGGGCGGGGCUCCUGUGCUUGGAUGGCCCGGGCCAGGGGCGGCCCGGCCCCGGGUUCAGGUUCAGGAAGUUUGCCUUCCCGGGGAAGCAGGCCAAGCUGCUAGUAGCAAUCAUGGGAAGGGAACAAGGGGGAGCCGCCAGCUGUCGCGCUCCUUCGCUGGAGGAGUCUCACCAAGACAGGGGCAUCGCCGAGCAGAAGCAUCGAUCCAGUCCAGGGUAGCCCCGGAGAAAGAAAAUGGCUGCCGAGCUCAGGGAGAAAUCAACUCAGAGUCCUUUGAAGGCCGAGCAAGGGAAAGGGACGCAGAUGGGAGAGCGGCUCCUGGCGGGGGCCAUAAAAGAGAAGGGAGUAGGCCCGGGCUCCCGCCUGAUUCCCGCCGGGCGCAUCCAGGAUUUCUGGGGGAGAACUGAUCCUGAGAAAACAACCCCGGAGCCCUGCAGGAGCCUGCAACAACGGUGGGAGUCUCAGCUGCAGGAAUUCCUGAAGGUUCUGGAAGCGCCUUCUUUGGAAGGGGGAAACCCACAGUCUCGGAUGCCUCUGCCCAGAAGCGACCCUCGCCCUUCCGGAACCUUCCGAGGGAGGCCCGGUUGCCCCCAGCAGCCUCGAGCCGAGAGAGGGACCCAGCUCACCAUCAGCCUGAGCGGAGAAGCUCACGCGAUGGAGCCCCCGAAGAGGCUCCACAGUCAGAAAGGUGCCAGGAUCCGCCUGGGCCAGCAGGCCGUCAGCUGGAACGACGAGCGCGGCCUCUUCCGGCAGUUCAGUUACCAGGAUGCCGACGGGCCUCGGGAAGCCUGCCGCCACCUCCGGAGGCUCUGCCACCAGUGGCUGAAACCGGAGCAGCACACCAAGGAGCAGAUCCUGGAGAUGGUGGUGCUGGAGCAGUUCCUGGCCAUCCUGCCCCGGGAAUUGCAGGGAUGGGUGCGGGAGUGUCGCCCUCUGACUUGCACCCAGGCCGUGAUCCUGGCGGAGGAUUUCCUGCUGCGGGAGCAGGAGAGCAAAGCCCAAGAAGAGCAGGCCAUCAGCCUCCUGGAGAAGGACCAUUUGACUGCCAAGGCCCCCCUGGAAAGCUGGCAGAGGCCCUCCCUCAGAGAAACGAAGCGGGAGAGCGACCGUCACGUGGUGCUGCUGGAUGAUGACGAGUACUGCGAAGCGGAGAGCGAGGACCGAGAAUCGCGUUGGGAGUGGUCCGGGAAAGGCGAGCCCGGUGUCCCUUGCUCUCCCAAUCCGGAGGAAGGUUCUGAAACCCUGUACUGGAGCAGCGUGGAGAAGGCGGAGGGCAAAUUCAUCAAUUCCCAGGGGACCUACGAGGACUUGGACGAGAGCGUCCUGCAGCCAAGCCUCUUUCCCAGCGAGCCGGACAACACCUGCCUGAUUUGCCGCAAGGUCUUCCGGCGCCGUUCCAACCUCAUCGCCCACGAGCGGACCCACUCCGGUGACCGGUGGUACAACUGCUCCGAGUGCGGGAAGAGCUUCGUCAGCCGGGCCGCCUUCCUCAUCCACCAGCGGGUCCACACGGGGGAGAAGCCGUACAAGUGCUCUUACUGCGGGAAGGGCUUCAACACGGGCUCCAGCCUCACCCGUCACAAGCGCAUUCACACGGGCGAGAAACCCUACAAGUGCCUGGAUUGCGGGAAGCGUUUCAACGACUACUCCAACUUCAUCGUCCACAAGCGGAUUCACACGGGCGAGAAGCCCUACGAGUGCUCGGUUUGCGGGAAGAGGUUCAGCGAUAACUCUAACUUUAUCAAGCACCACCAUUGAGAGGGCGCGCGAUGGGCCGGUAGCAGUUUUUUUGUGUCUUUUGUUUUUUUCCCUAGUUGAUGAGAAACACGAUAGAAUUGCCGUUAACGGCAGUAGAGCGAUAUCUAUGGUCACACAAGCCUUUGUGCAUAUAGAUAUGUCAGAAGUGGGUUGACUUGAGGGGUUUGGGGGUCCAUCUUGGGUUGGGAUGCAACUCUGAAGAGGCCCAAAACUACUUCCAUUUGUAUCACUUCUUUUUCCCACCCCUCUGAAGUACAGUUCCCGCCACACUAACUCAGCUUUUCUCUCUGCAGUCUGGGAAUGAGGCAUUUUAGGCCCCGUUUAGUUGGCAAGACCAAGGCAAUAACAGCAGAGAUUUCAGGAAGCCCUGUCGUUGUAGUAACUACAGGCGGUUCUCAAUUUACAACCACCACGGAGGCCCAAAUAUCCGUCGCUAAGCAAGACAGGCGUUAAGUGAGUUUUGCCUCCUUUGAUAACCUUUGUUGCCACAUUUGUGAAGUGAAGGACUGCAGUUGUUAAAAGUUAGUAACAUGGUUGUUCCGUGACGCUGGCUGCCCCCUUGUCCCAAAGGUGCUUUUUUUCACAACUUUCUUGUUUCGCUUGGAAGACGUUUCGCUGCUCGUCCGAGAAGCUUCUUCAGCUCUGACUGGAUGGUGGUGGGGGGGGGAAAUGGAAGGAUUUAUACUCCUUGCAGACAGCUGGUGAUAAAUCCUUCCAUCUCUCCACCAUCCGAUCAAGAGCCGAAGAAGCUUCUUGGACGAGAAGCGAAAUGUCUUCAAAAGAAAAACAAGGAAGUCCUCUUGAAAAAAAAAAAACACCUUUGGGGCAACCAUGACCUGGAGACUCUCCACGGGCUUCCCCAAUGACUUUGCUCGUCGGAAGGCCUCAAAAGAUGAUCGCGUGGGCUCCGGGACCCUGCAAAUAUCACUCAAUUGCCUAGCCCAGUGGUGGCGAACCUAUGGCACGGGUGCCAGAGGCAGCACUCAGAGCCCUCUCUGUGGGCACGCGCGCCAUCGCCCCAGUCCUAGGCCUUCAACUGGGUUUUAUAAAACAUUUUCGC